AUGGUCGCAGGUUCGAGUCCGGGAAGCGACUCUAUCAUGGGGCACGGCGGGCUGGCUGCGCGCAUGCUGACGGCGACGACGGAGGAGCUCUUUGAAAUCCCCGAGAUUGGCGUCCCGCCGGAAUUCGCGGAGAUGUGGGUCGCGUCGCACUCCGACGACUCCUUUUCCGUCGCGUCGCAGCCAGUGCCGUCGGGCGGCUCCAACGGCUCUCUUGUUUGCCAGUGCGACUCGUGCCGUGUACUAUCGUGGGAAGAAGGCGCCUCGGGAGAGGUGUGUGACCCCACGAAAGGGUUCGGUUGCGCGAUUAACGAAACUGUUGCGGCGCCCGCGGCAGGCGCGGCGGAGGACUCUGCCGCCCCGCGCGGAGUCCCCGCGGGCCUCGCAGCGUUCCUCCUGGAUGCGCCAGUCGAAGCGCUGUUUGACUCCUUCGACGACGCUCCCGCGCCCGCCGCCGCCACCUCCGCCGCAAUGGCUGCCGCUGCGGGAGGCAACCGCACGGCGUUCCCGCCCGGCGAGGGCAGCUGCAGUGGCUGGUUGCCCGUGCCGCUUGCGGCGGAGUCGGCGCCGGCGCUCCUAGCUGCAGAGAUUGCGGCGGCGGAAGCAGCGAGGGCGGGCGGCUGCGGGGACGUUUGUCUGCAGCAGCCGCAGUGGUGCAGAAACGAGGCGGACGCGCGGAGAGAAGGUGCGCAUCAGCCGUACACCAUGCGCGCGUCCCCCGCGCAUUCCGUUCCGCCGCUCCCCCAGCGCAGCGUCUCCGCCAAUCACGGCAGCCCGUGGCGCAACAUGAGGUCGCGCGAGUGGGAUGCGCUCGCGUCGCCCGCCUCUGUGGCGGAAGCAGAGUGGAGGGCGCGCAGAAGGGGAAGCGCGGAGGCGGAGCAGGCGGCUUGGAAUAGCGGGCCGAGGAGCGUGAGUAUGAACAUGGGGUUGCUCAUGGCGCACCGGGGGCUGGCGGAAUAUUACGCGGAACGGUGCGGGGGAGUGUGCGGGGGAGGGUGCGGCGGAGGGUGCGCGGAAGGGUGGCAAGAGAGCUGCAAUGGCGGCGCAGUCCGGGGGGAUGCGGCGGGGAGCGGGAGCGCGGACGAGGGGGAAGCGCUGGCGCAUGUGAGCAGCGCGGGGAGCACGCUGGACGCGCCGUUCUACGCGGGCGGAGGGGAGGGGAGCAGCAGCCAUGGGAGCGGGCGGAGCGGGAGCAGCAUGAGCGAAAGCGUGAGUGGUGGGGAGAGCGAGAAGGAAGGAAUCGCAGGGGAGCAUUCGUACCCCCCCCUUCAGAACGUACAGGCCAGUGCUGCUUCCGCCGCCACUGCUGCUGCAUCCCCUUCCGCGCCUUCCGCGCCUUCCCCCCAGCACGUGACGUCCCCCGCGGAGCUGCAGCUGCGCGCGGAGCUGAUGCGCAUGGAGGCGGACCUGGCGUGGGCGCAGGGCAGCGCGCCCCCCUCCGCCAUGCCCCCCGCCCUGCGUCAGCAGCUGGCGCUCAUGCGCGGCGAGGUGGAGGCGCUGAGGCAGGCGCUGGACAGACAUGCACAGGCGGAGCCGGGCGCGCAGGGGGCGCAGGGCGCGCAGGGGGCGCAGAGCGCGCAGGGGGCGCAGAGCCCGCAGGGGGAGAAGACACGGAGAGCAGGGAUGAUGUGGUGGCGGUGCUCACACGAGGGGGGAGGGGAAGGUGCGGAGGAGGAGGAGGAGGAGGAGGAGGAGGAGGAGGAGGAGGAGGAGGAGGAGGAGGAGGAGGAGGAGGAGGAGGAGGAGGAGGAGGAGGAGGAGGAGGAGGAGGAGGAGGAGGAGGAGGAGGGGGAGGAGGAGAAUGCGGAGAGUGGCUGA